GGCCAAAAAAACGCUGAUUUUAAUUGCAAAAAGUGAAAAAAAAACCAUGACGAGAGCAAAAAGUUUGAGAUCCUUUGGGUGUUCCCCUAUCUGAACUUCACCGAUCAACGACCUCACCAACCACCGCUCCAGAAUAAACCCAGAAGAAGACAAAAAAGAUGGGUGAAUCUCCUGAUCUCAUAAGCGAUCUGCCUCAGAGCAUACUCGAGAACAUCCUCACUCGCCUCUCCAUCAGAGACGCGAUCAGAACAAGCGUCCUAUCCACCAAAUGGAGAUACAAAUGGUCAACACUAACCGACCUCGCCUUCGACGAGAAAUGCGUCUCCCCCUCAACCGACCGGGCCCUUGUCGAGACCAAUCUCGUGAGAUUCAUUACCGGUGUCCUCCUCCUCCACCAAGGACCCAUCCACAAGUUCCACCUCUCCACCUCCUUCCUCCAAUGCCGCCCCGACAUCGACCAGUGGCUCCUCUUCCUCUCCAGGAACGGGAUCAAGGAGCUUGUCCUCGAGCUAGGAGAAGGAGAGUUCAGAGUCCCUUCUUGUCUCUUCAAGUGUUUGAAACUCACGCGUCUGGAGCUCUGCCACUGCGAGUUCGACCCGCCAAAGUCUUUCAACGGGUUCUCCUCUCUCAAGUCUCUUAACCUCCACCAGAUCCUAGUCUCCCCCGAGGCCAUUGAGAGUUUGAUCUCCGGGUGUCCGCUUCUCGAGUUCUUGUCUUUGUCUUACUUCGACAGCUUGGUCCUGAGCAUAUCGGCUCCGAAUCUCAUGUACUUGUAUCUGGACGGCGAGUUCAAGGACAUUUUCCUGGAGAACACGCCGAAGCUGGUGGCGAUAUCGGUUUCGAUGUAUAUGCAUGAGGAUGUUGCUGAUUUUGAGCAGAGUUCGGAUUAUAACCUCGUUAAGUUCCUUGGCGGUGUGCCUCUUCUUGAAAAGCUUGUUGGUUACAUCUACUUCACUAAGUAUUUGAGCAUAGGAGAUGACCCGGGAAGGCUUCCAAUUACUUACAUUCAUCUCAAGACAAUAGAACUAUACCAAGUGAGUUUUGAAGAUGCCAAUGAGGUACUAGUUCUUCUACGUUUGGUCACUCACUCACCUAACCUUAAAGAGCUCAAAGUUUCGGCUUCACCGAUCCAACUGUUUCCUCUGGAAGAAGAAAGUUUCGACCUUUUCGAAAGAGACUACUUCGAGUACAAACUCCCGAGGCUUGAAACGGUGAGGAUGACAGACGUCUCUGGGAUAAGGAACGAGUUGGAGUUUAUGAGAUUCUUGAUGGGGACUUCUCCGGUUCUGGAGACGGUCAUUGUAACAUCGAGUUUGUCAGAUAAAGAUGCGAGGAUGGAGAUGGUCGUGGAACUGCUCAGGUUCCCGCGUGUUUCUCCGCGAGCUCAGUUACUCUUCCUUCAAGAUUGAGUCUGUUGUGUAUGUUCGUUCGUUUGCCCAAGAAAGGGUUUUGAUAAUAAUUGAUGGACGUGAAGUUUUAAUGUAGUCUGACAAAGAGUUAAUAAUGGUUGCGGAGACUUUGUAAAGAUUAAACAUCAAAUCAUAAUAAUAGCAAGAAAUUCAAACUUCAUU